CAACCUCGCGAGGUUGUCGUAUCUGGUUCACCAUCGGGGGAGAAUUGCCGAUGAGAUGGCGGAGCUUCUGUUCGUCCGUGGGGUCUGCUUGUGGAUAAUGCUGGUGGCUCUUUGAGGAAGAGGUUUCCGGGGCCCGCAUCUCAAUUCGGUUGAUAGACACUUCGUUGCAAGCUAGCGGAGGCAACCAGCCCCAAGGUUUGCCAAGUUGACAGGACAUGGAGCUCCGGACCUCCAUUGCCUCUGUCUACACUGCUCGCGAUGAUUUCUUCACCUAUUUUCCCAGGAAAUGGGACACUCAAACUCCAACGCCAUUACGGCUUUUACCAAACUCGUACCAGCUCAGGUGCAAUUGCUGCUCUUCUUCCAAACCAGAUGCUCAGGAAUCAUCAAAACCAGUCCUGAGACGUAAUGUAUUGUCCCUUAUGAGUACACUUCUCGUGACUGCGGCAACAUCAUCGGCAGGCGCAAAGAUGCCCGCCAUGGUGGAACCUGAUCUUCCAAGGUUCCGAAAAACACCAAAUGGAGUCAAAAUUCAAGAGGUUACGGAUGGAACUGGCCCCGAGGCCAAGACGGGUGACAUCUUGGAAUUCGACUUUGUGUGCCGUCGGUCCAAUGGUUACUUCGUUUACAGCACUGUGGAUCAGUUCAAUGAUCAGAGCCAGCCAGUUGUGCUUCCCCUUGGCACCGGAAAGAUAAUUCCAGGCCUGGAGGAGGUGCUUGCAGGGAUGAGACCUGGAGGCAAGAGAAGGGCGCUGAUUCCACCGGAGCUUGGCUAUGUUGACCAAUCUUUUGAGCCACUGCCUAAGGAGUUCGGACCUCGGAGAGCCCUGAUGGCACAUGCCAAAGAACCUCUCGUCUUUGAGGUACAGCUCUUGAAGAUAAAGUAAACUCAGUGACCAGGUUUGUUUUUGUGUUCCCAGGGAACAGCUCGUAAGAAGCACCUCAUAUUAUUUCAAAUGGAUUUCUGACUAGGAAGCACUCCACUUCAAAACAUGACAAAUGAUAAGGCGAAGCAUUCAUUUGAUGACU